AUGCUGCCCAUGAAAGUGGCCACGGAAGAAUUGAUCAUCAUCAUCCUUUUGGAUCUCCACUGGUACAAAGAUGAGAAGCUCAGCACAAGGGUGAAAGAUGAAGUGAGUUUCCCCAGUUUUUGUCUGGCUAAUAAGGCCACUGGUCAAGUCCAACUGGUACCUUACAAGCCAAAUCUUGACGAGUCCGUACUAUGGAGCGAGAGAAAGGAAGUCCAUGAUGGCUACAGAGCUAUAAGAAUGAUUAAUAACAUUCGCCUGAAUUUAGAUGAUUUCCAUGGUGAUAAGAAAUCCGGUGGCAUCCACAAUGGUACUACCAUUGUGUUGUGGCAAUGGAACAAGGGAGAUAACCAGAUAUGGAGGAUUGCACCAUACUGUUAG